AUGCUGUCAUCGGACUUCGCACCGCCCACCAAAGCUUGCCACAACUGCAGGAAGCGCCGCUGGAAGUGCGAUCGGUCGCUGCCUGUUUGUCAGAAAUGCCUUUCCUCGGGCUCCGAAUGCCUUGGCUAUGGCAAGCUCUUCGUUUGGAACAAGGGCGUCGCGAGCCGCGGAAAGAUGAUGGGGAAGUCCUUUGAAGCGAGGCUGAAGGCGAAGGAAAAGUCUGAACCGCAGAGCACGACCCCACCAACCGCGGAAGAUUCGAAGGAUGGUGCGCCCGAAGAUGUCUCUUCUAGUCAGCAGGAGUUAGAUAUGACAGUCUACCGGCCGCUCGUUGAUCCCCUCGUCCAGGACCUCAGCCAGCAUUCCCGCUACUACCUGUAUCACUUCGCAACCCAGAUAUGCGAGGACUUGGUGGUGUACGACGGGCCGGGGCAGAACCCGAUUCGCGAUCUCGUCCCGGCCACCUCAGCGUACCCUCUGCUCCUUCAGAUCAUUCUGGCAAACUCUGCGUAUCACGUCUUCAAUAUCUCGCGGGACCAAAUGGGCCAGUCGCCCUAUCAACAGGAGCGAAAACCCUGCCUUGUGGCAUAUUACCAAGCAGUGGGAAAGUUUGGCGGCCCUCUGAAGUACUCUUAUCGCGACGCGCUCGUUGCUAAGCAGCAAGCCCUCUCGCUGCUGGCACAGUCUGUGGCCUCGGUCAACGAAUCAAACAUAGACUUGAUCCUAGUGGUUAUACUGCUCUUUAUCAACUAUGAUCUUAUUGAGUCUGGCCAGGACAAGUGGAAGGUGCAUAUGGAAGGAGCUCGAAAACUCAUCAAUCUCCUAGGCACACCGCCCUUCACUCAACGUCCAAUGAGCAAAUUACGCCUGUCGAUGCUCUCGGAUUUCUUAGUGUUUUACGUCCUUGGCUCUACCUUCACUUUCUCGACUAUGCCGAGACUGAUCCCUGACUCUAUCGAGCUCGACCCUAUCUUGCGAUAUGCUGAGACUAACAACUACCUUUCUUGCCCAAGUCCGCUGCUGCGCAUUAUGCUGGAGUCUUUUGACCUUGAAGAUACCCGCAACUCGCUCUCGGACGAAGUCGCUUCGGAAGUGCAAGAGCGAGUAGGAGUAUUGCUCAAGGCGGCGCUGACGUUCGACCCUGUCGACUGGUCUUGCAGCUUUGAGCCUGCCUCGCCUCUCGAAGACUUGAAGCAACGCAUUCUAAUCGCUUCUGCCCAUCGCGCGGCGGUCUGUAUAUACCUCGCGCGGGUCUUGCCUUGCACCAAUCCACUGCUCGAUCCCUCGAGUGGCUCCGCUCUCGUCAGUCUAACCGGACUCGCCGAUGAGAUUGUACACCACAUUUCUUAUCUCAAACCGGGCGACGCUCUCUUCAAAUCAAUAAGCUGGCCGCUGUUCCUCGCCGGCGCGGAAUCCGAAGACCCCACUCAACGAACAUGGAUCAUGGACAAGCUCGACGAAUUCUACAACAUAAUGUACUGGGGAUACAUCCGGACCGUCAAGAGGGUAUUGGAAGCCAUUUGGAGUUGUAAAGACAAAGCAGCCAAGGGCGCAGACAAUUGCUGGGUAGAUGAGGUCAAGGUCCUCGGCACCGAGAUACUGAUCGCGUGA